AUGGACCCCUCGGUCCAAGCCGGUCCUAGAUCGCCGAGACCGCAAGGCCCUUCUUUUCGCUACCAACGUACUGUUCCAAUCCGGGCAUCAGAGCCACGUCCCGUCCGCAGAAGGCCAGUUGCAGGUCCUUCGGGAUCCCCAAGUCAGCCAAAAGCGCCCAACUUUGGUGACAGUCCAUCCAGAAUCCGAGACCACCCUCUGUCGGCCAUGGCAGAUCCUGGCCACACCUUUCAGCACCGCGAAUCGGUGGCAUCUCACGAGAGAAGAUUCGGAGUUGCCGAUCCACAGCUAUCAUCACACCAAUCUCUGCGAGCACCUCAACCUCCAUCGAGAACCUCCAGCCGGCGCCGAGAAGUGAAUCGUUUUGCACGGCAACUAGAGAUAUAUGCUGAACGUAGAAAAGCUGCAGGAGAGCUACCUGUCUCUACCCCGACACCAGAGUCGGUUAUAUCGCUCCACACAGUUACAGCUCUUCUUCCGUAUGAGGAACAGUUCCAAGCUGUUGGUCUAGCAGUGACUUCUGAACAACAGCGUCAAAAGUCGCCGCCCAAAACAUCUCCCCACAAAGACAUGAAAACGAAGGAUUCACCAGACGUCAAAGCAGAGCCAAUCUCGAUUCGCUCUCAGGAGAUCAGAAAACAAGCUGAGCCAGGCCACCUUCAGCUUAAUGGCUUGAGGAGCGCUUCAACGAGCUCAUCCGAUUCAUCGACUUCGGGCACGCAGGUUGCCUUUGCACAACCAGACGUCUGGGAGCUCGCCUUCAUCGACGAAGUUCCAACCAAGAAGGAAAGCUCUACUUCGAGAUGUUGUAACCUGCCUUGCUUUCAAAACACGAGAGACCAAUCAAUUGACGUGACAAUGAGCCGACCACCUCCCGCUCCGACGCCGACAACAAUUGACACGCCAAACAGGAUAUUGGCAAAGUGGGAACCAGUAUACCCCCAGAAGACAGAGGCACUGCAGGGAUGGCCCGUUGUUAAUUCUUCCAAAGGCGAGAAAGCCUCUCGAGAUGUUCGAGCCAAAACAUGGCACGGCAACACGGCGCAGCGUCCAUCAACAUACCGGCCGCCCCGGGAGGGCCACCCUCCUCGGAACGAGGCGGAAGCACCAAGUCCAAAAAGCAAGUCUCCGAGGAAGGCCGUACCUCAUGACCUAGAGGAUGAUAAACCACCUAUACCUCCUAGGGCCCAAGCUCGUACCGACCGUUCGAGGAAACAAUCAGAGGCGCCAAAGCUCGAACCUUCAGCCCCUAAGGGGAUUCGUAAGGAAUCUCAGCAAAACGUGUUUUCAGAUCAGGAAAACUUUCUACCAGGGGGCAAAGUGCCUCCUGUCGUAGCCAAAAGACCAGUGAAAGCCACUAUUCUCUCAAAGUCAGACGAGAACACUGCCCAAGUACAGGCUCAGGAGUCAUACAACACCAAAAUCCCCACAGGAUCGAAUCAGCCAGCUGGCGUCGUAGACAAGCCUCUCAGGGUUUCGAUCAGGCAGCCUGAACGCAAGGCUAGGGAAAAGGCCGCCCUUCUGAGCAAGCCUACGCAAACGGAUUUUGCGCAUCCGCCAAUCUUCCAAUCUGGGAGGAUGUUCAGAAGCCUGCCGGGACCCGCAAAACUCCCAGAAGUGGAAAAAAGAGAACGGUCGGCUCAGGCGAGUCGCGGAACUAUUACACCUAAUCCUGCUCUACCAUCCACAUGGAAACUGACCUUGAGCUCAUCCUCGUCACUUGAAGUAGCCAUGGAAGCUGCUUCACGGGAAAUGGAGAUGCAAGAAGCCAGGCAAUCCAGGCAUGAGGCACUCAGAGGGCAAAACUUGGAGGCAGAUGCACAAGCUAUUCCUAACAUGGGUUCAGAAGUCGAACAUGACGAGCCACCCCCAGAGCCUCUCGGAGGGGAAGCUCUCAUACCCCCCGCUGAACCACCUGAAAAGGGACGCAAAACACUACGAGAUAGCGAUGUUUCAGACCCCAAGGAGCAGGACGACAAAGACAUUGAUGACAGAGAUGUUUUGCGAGGUCUCCACAUCGCCAUAUCGGCUGCUUGUGAUGAAGAGGUCGACGCAUGGAUUCGACAAAAGACGGGUGUGCGUAUUCGUCGAUUCUUGGCAGACUUGAAGGCAUUUGAAACGCUGGGCGAAGAGGAUCAACGGGAUCCUGCCAAGGAGCGCGCGAGGAACAGGAGAGCCGAAUCGAGGAAACUCAAGGCGCAGAUUCGCCAAUCUAAAGCUGCCAGGGAAGCAAGAGCAGCAGCACAGUGA